GUCUCCAUUGGUGAGAGAAAAGUGUGUAGUGAGCGUGUAGAGACUGAACACACUGAGACAGGACUUCCGCCCAGCGCUCUGAUGAAUGUGGGACAGUAAAGACGCUAAACUAACAGUAAGGGAAGGUCGUAAACAGCAGCAACACAACUGCACUGAACACAACGUUCUUCACUGAUAAUGACGUCGAGGAGAAACAGGAACAUGCUGGUGAAUAUUGUAGCAGAAAUCAGGACUCUCAGGACUCUUCUUCUCCUGCUGUGCUGUUUACUGUGUGAAGCUGGAGACGAGACGGUCACACUGCAGGAAGUGGAAGGAACCACUAUAACUCUCCAUACUGGGAUAACUGGGAUUCAGAGGGAUGCUCAUAUAGUUUGGUUUUAUGGACCUGAGAAAGCAAAGAAAAAGAUAUUGAACAGUCAGGUGUUUAAAGGAGAAACUGUUACAGACAUCAGUGAGAGAUUUAAAGAGCGACUGCAGCUGGACAGAAUCAGUGGAGCUUUAACCAUCAGGAACAUCAGCAGAACUGAUUCUGGAGUUUAUUUAUUACAAGUCAUCACUGAACAUCUCUCAUCUAGGACUUUCAGUGUCAGUGUUUAUGCUCCAGUAUCAACUCCAGUAAUAAUAAAUGAAAGAGGAAAGCCAAGUGUGAUUUCCACAGAGUCGUGUUUCCUCCUGUGUUAUGUGGAGAACGGAGAAGAUGUGAAGUUAUCCUGGUACAGAGAGAAUGAGAGAAUCUCCAUCACCAAUAACACAGAUCUCAGUGUUCCCCUCAAUCUCCCACUUCAAAUACAACACAAUGACAUUAACACUUACAUCUGUGUGUCUGCAAACCCUGUCAGCAAUAAAACAACUUCUCUCAUCAUCACACAGCUCUGUGACGUCUCAGAUAAACCUGAUCCUCCCCCUUCACUGCUUCUUGCUCUGAUAUCAGCUGGAGUUUUUGUAGACACAGAGGAGUCACAGCAGAGACACAGAGGAGUCAAAGUUAGAGUCAGAGAAAACUCAGAUCUAGUCAGAGUUUUGGAGUCAGACAUCUUCUGA